AAAAAAAAAAAUUGAAGGAAGAUGUCGUCGUCUGCGUCUGGCUAUGUCAGUAUUCCCCGGUGCCCUGUGAUUUUUGAUGGUACCAACUAUGGAGAGUUUGCUGCCUUUAUGCGCAUUCACAUGCGCGGCCUUCGGCUGUGGGGUGUUCUUACUGGCGAGGUCUUUUGUCCGCCGCACCCCACUGCUCCUGUGCCUCCUACUCCACCGUCUGUGCCACAGGCCCUUGCUGAAGAUGCUACGCAGGCUGAUCGGGAUGCAGCCAAGUCUGCCGAGACUGCUGCUGAUGAGGCAUAUGAUGAGCAGGUACUUGCCUAUUCAGAGGCUCUUGACUCCUACCGCGAUAGUUUGGCUACCUUUACUCAGUGGUGUGAUGAGGAUGCCAGAGCUGCCGCUGUUCUUUCACAGAGUGUUCAGCCACAGUUUGCUUCUGAGUUUAUGGGGCUCGCUACUGUCGCUGAGAUGUGGUCUCACCUUCGUCAGCGCUAUCAGCCUUCUGGGGAUUCUCUGUACUUGUCUGUGUUGCGUCAGGAGCAUGAUCUUCAGCAGGGUGACUCUACUGUUGAUGAGUUCUACACCCGAGUGCGGCGAUCCGGCGCCGCCUGA